CCCUACGUUCGUAAGCAUCAUGGCCGCGCAUACAUCGCGGUUUUCCCAUAGGCGCCGCCACCUUGUCGGUCGUAUUUGUACGGUGGCCGUGAGUACUACGACGCUGUUGGUAGAAAAGAUGGCCGCACUUACCGCGCGACUUUCUUGUAGAUGCCGCCAUCUUGACGUUUGAUUCCGUAAGUUGGGCAAGUCUUACGUUCUCAAGCAACGUGGCAACGCCCAAAGCGUGGCUUCCGCGAAGACUCCGCUAUCUUGGCGAUCGAUUCCGUACAACAGCCGGUGCUGCUGAAGAGAAGUUCACAGCAGCUUAAAGGAUGACUUCUUCAGAUCUGGAACAGUUAUGCUCUCACAUUAAUGAAAAGAUUGGCAAUAUUAAAAAAACUCUGUCUUUAAGAAACUAUGGCCAAGAACCUACCUUGAAGACUACAUUAAAUAAAAUAGGAGAUGAAGUCAUCAUAGUCAAUGAACUUCUAAAUAAACUGGAAUUGGAAAUUCAGUAUCAGGAACAAACCAACAAUUCACUCAAGGAACUCUGUGAAUCUCUUGAAGAAGAUUAUAAAAAUGUGCAACAUCUCAAAGAAAACAUUCCUCCCCAUUUGCCUCAUGUAACAGUGACCCAGAGCAAUGUUAAAAAAUCAGAUCUUAACCCUGAAGAACCAGUCAAAGUUGAGGAGACUGUACCCACAAAGAAGCCCCCAAAAGAACAAAGAAAUAUUAAAGAAAUUCCAAUUUUAACUUCUGAUGAGUUUAAUGGUGUGCCUGCAUACAUGAAAUCCCGCUUAACCUAUUGUCAAAUUAACGAUGUUAUUAAAGAAAUCAACAAGGCAGUAGUUAGUAAAUAUAAGAUCCUACAUCAACCAAAAAAGACUAUGAAUUCUGUGGCCAGAAAUCUCUAUCACAGAUUUAUUGAUGAAGAAACAAAGGAUACCAAAGGUCAUUAUUUUAUAGUGGAAGCUGACAUAAAGGAGUUUACGGCUUUGAAAGUUGACAAGAGGUUUCACGUGAUGCUGAAUAUUUUACGACACUGCCGGAGGCUGUCAGAGAUCCGAGGGCAGGGACUUACCCGUUAUGUCAUAACCUGAGGCCCUUGUGAGCCCCUUGAACCAACCGACAGUAUAAAGGCUACUCCCAUAUUUUGUUUAUAUAUAAUUCCUUUAGCAUUUUCAUUUUCUUUUGUUUCAUGUAAAAAUAGAACUUUACUGAUGAAGCAUAUAUAUUUUAAAAUUAACUUCCUUUUGGCAAAUAUUUAAGUACCUCUAUGCUAGGUAUAUAUUUGGAACUAAAGAAUAUUCAUGUCUAGUUUCUGUGUUUAGUGGGCAGUGCUGCAGAUUACCCUAAAAGAUAGGUACAUGUGAUAAUAGAAGAAAAAAUUCAAGAAGAUAAGGUCAAGGAUACCCAGACCCUUUGGAAUUAAGUGUCUAAAUUCCAUCAAUAGCAUUUCAGUCCACAGGCAAACUUCCUAGAAGUUGGAUUUGGAUGUGUCUUAUUCGUGUGAUUAUUCUGCCUUCCCGUGCGAUUAGGGAGCAGCAUCCCUGAAGUGCAUCCAGUGUAAGCCUGACUGUAAACUUGUAAUGGAAUUGUAAUAGAAGAAUAUUGAAAGAGAUGAUAAAAUAACAUGUAAUAAGCUUAAUCGUGGUCAUGGAAAAUGGGUGGAUGGACCGUAAGAACACAGCUGUGUUUCCUUUCUGCAUCUGGGGGAGAUUGCUCUGUCUUGUGUCUGUGCUGUCUGCUUGGCAGGCUUAUCCCUGUAGCGGAGAACAAAGCAUCCCACCAGGAGGCCCCAUGGCCUUCUUAGCACCAUCACUGUGAUGACAAGAGUACAUUGUAGGCGCUGCAUAUGUAUUGUUAUCCCUUCCUUCUUCUUAAUUUAAAUGCAGGUAUGUUUAACUUUUCAUGUCUUGCUUUAAAUAAAGGUAAU